AUGGUCCAUGUCUCCUAUGGGAAAUACCUCUACGAUACCGCUGCUAGCAUCAAGGGAAAUCACUCUGUGGUUACAGUAACCGAUGGAGGGGUCUCUCCCAAACAGUCUACAGUAUGGCUAGUGGUCCAGGUUCUCGAUGAAAACGAUAACAAGCCUCAGUUCCCAGAGAAGGUCUAUCAGAUCAAGUUGCCAGAGAGGGACCGAAAGAAGAGAGGAGAGCCCAUAUAUCGAGCCUUUGCCUUUGACAAGGAUGAAGGCCCCAAUGCAGAGAUUGCCUACAGCAUUGUGGAUGGCAACGAGGAUGGCAAGUUCUUCAUUGACCCAAAGACGGGCAUGGUUUCUUCGCGAAAGCAGUUCACUGCUGGGAGCUAUGAUAUCUUAACUAUCAAAGCAGUUGACAAUGGCCGGCCCCAGAAGUCUUCUACUGCACGCCUCCACAUUGAAUGGAUCAAGAAACCACCUCCAUCGCUCAUCCCUCUGACUUUUGAUGAACCCUUCUAUAACUUCACCAUCAUGGAAAGUGACCGAGUGACUGAAAUUGUUGGCGUGGUCUCUGUGCAACCUGCUAACAUCCCCUUGUGGUUUGACAUAGUUGAUUUCCUGGUGGUCUCCAAUCCAAGUACUAAUGCCUGGCUGAGGCAACUGCUGGCCCUUCGGGAGGCUGCAUGGAAGCCUCACAAGCUUCGGGGAGGCCUCGCAAAGGACCAGCGGCUGCCUAGGCCAGGUGCGCCUCAGCAGCAGCAGCAGGAAGAAGACGGCGAAGGGCAGCUGAGGGCAGCAAGGGUAGACAGCGACCAAAGGCGGAGAAGAGGGGAGAUAGCUGGGUGGGAGGAGUUGAAGUGGAGGGCAGGAGAAAUCUUUGUUAUCCACCAGCACCACUGGAGACAGCACCAACCAAGUAAAACGGAUAUCCUUGGGGGAAAUUUCGAGAGCUCUUUCGAUGCUGACAAAGGUGUGGGGACCAUUGUCGUCGCAAAACCCUUGGAUGCGGAGCAGAGGUCGGUGUACAACAUGACGGUGGAAGUCACCGAUGGAACCAAUGUGGCCAGCACUCAGGUAUUGAUCAAAGUUUUGGACAACAACGAUAACGGUCCAGAAUUUUCCCACCCAAGCUAUGAUGUAAUGAUUUCUGAGGACAUCCUUCCUGACACUGAGAUCCUUCAAGUAGAAGCUAUAGACAGAGAUGAAAAGCACAAGCUCAUCUACAUCAUUCACAGCAGCCUUGAUUCCAUCAGCAUUAGAAAAUUCAGGAUGGACCCCAACUCAGGAGUGCUGUACACUGCUGAGCGUUUAGACCAUGAAGCUCAAGAUAAGCACAUCCUCAACAUAAUGGUGCGAGACCAGGAGUUCCCCUAUCGACGUAACUUGGCCAGGAUCAUUGUAAAUGUGGAGGAUUCCAAUGAUCACAGUCCCUACUUCACGAGUCCUUUGUAUGAAGCCUCUGUGUUUGAAUCAGCUGCCAUUGGAUCUGCAGUUUUGCAGGUCACUGCCCUGGACAAAGAUAAAGGAGAGAAUGCAGAGUUGAUAUACACCAUAGAAGCAGGGAACACUGGAAACACAUUCAGGAUUGAACCAGUUCUAGGCAUCAUCACCGUGCUGAAAGAACCAGACCUGGCUACAAUGAGCCAGUUCGUCCUCUCAGUUAAAGCAGCUGAUCAAGGUUCUCCCCCAUUGUCAGCUACUGCCAUUGUCCGCAUCUCUGUGACUAUGUCAGACAACUCCCACCCAAAAUUCACACACAAGGAAUGGCAAGCUGAAAUAAAUGAAAAUGUUGAUUUUGGGACGUCAGUUAUCCAGGUCUCAGCAAUCAGCCAGUCUACAUUAGUCUAUGAGAUUAAAGAUGGCAACAUAGAUGGAGCCUUUGCGAUCAACCCUUAUUCUGGAGUCAUCACUAGCCAAAAGCCUCUUGAUUAUGAACGCACUUCCUCUUACCAGCUCAUAGUGCAAGCCACAAACAUGGCAGGGAUGGCAUCCAAUGCCACCGUAAACAUCCAGGUAGUUGAUGAAAAUGACAACCCACCUGUUUUUCUUUUUUCUCAAUACUUGGGCAGCAUCAGUGAGGCUGCACCUGUAAAUAGUAUAGUCCGGAGCAUAGGAAACAAUCCACUAGUGAUACGUGCUACAGAUGCUGAUAGUAAUCAAAAUGCCCUUCUUGUCUACCAGAUUGUUGAGUCAACUGCUAAGAAUUAUUUUACAGUAGACUCCAGUACAGGUGCAAUUAGAACUAUUGCUGAUUUGGAUCAUGAAACCAUCGCACAUUUCUACUUUCAUGUUCAUGUUCGAGAUAGUGGCAGUCCGCAGCUUACUGCAGAAAGUCCUGUUGAAGUUACCAUUGAUGUAAUGGAUGUCAAUGACAAUCCUCCGGUGUUCACUCAGGCAAUGUUUGAAACCAUCUUGCUUCUACCAACUUACGUUGGAGUGGAGGUUCUUCAAGUCAAGGCUGUGGACCCAGAUUUAGAAGUCCCAUCUGAAAUGACUUACAGCCUGAUUGAAGGGAACACAGAGUAUUUUCUCAUUGAUUCAAUUUCUGGGGUAUUAACUAUAAAAAACAACAGCCUUUCCAAAGAUCAUUAUAUGCUGAUAGUGAAAGUAUCUGAUGGGAAAUUUUACAGUAGUGCUAUAGUGACAAUAAUGGUCAAGGAAGCCAUGGAUAGUGGUCUUCAUUUCAUUCAAAGCCAUUAUUCUACAUCUAUCCUGGAGAACAGCACCAAUGUCACGAAAGUAGCAGUGGUCAAUGCAAUUGGAAAUCGUCUUAAUGAGCCCUUGAAGUAUAGCAUAUUAAAUCCAGGGAACAAAUUCAAGAUCAAACCCACUUUAGGUCUUAUUCAAACUGUAGGCCUCCCAUUUGACAGAGAAGAACAGGAAUUGUAUGAACUGGUGGUAGAGGCUAGUCGUGAGCUGGAUCAUUUGCGGGUGGCCAGAGUGGUUGUCCGAGUUCUCAUUGAAGACAUCAAUGACAAUGCCCCGGUAUUUGUCGGACUUCCGUACUAUGCUGCUGUUCAAGUUGAGGCUGAUCCUGGCACUCUGAUUUACCGAGUGAGGGCCAUUGAUAAAGAUAAAGGUGCAAACGGUGAUGUAUCUUACCUACUGAAGGAGGACUAUGGGCACUUUGAAAUUGACAGUCACAGUGGGAGUAUCACAUUGAAGGCACCUUUUAAUUCUGACUUAUCUAAUAUAGAAUAUUUAAUUAUUGUCAUUGCAAAAGAUGGAGGCAACCCAUCACUGUCUGCAUCUGUGGAAUUGCCCAUUACGAUUGUUAAUAAAGCCAUGCCCAUCUUUGACAAGCCCUUCUACACAGCCUCUGUAAAUGAAGACAUAGAAAUGAACACCCCAAUUCUGAGCAUCAAUGCUACCAGCCCAGAAGGUCAGGGUAUCAUUUACAUAAUCGUAGAUGGUGAUCCCUAUAAUCAGUUCAACAUUGACUUUGACACAGGAGUCCUUAGUGUCAUCAGUCCAUUAGACUAUGAAAUCAAUCCCAUUUUCAAGCUGACGGUGAGGGCCAGCGAUGCUCUUACUGGUGCCCGAGCUGAAGUCACAGUGGACUUAAUAAUCAAAGAUGUCAAUGACAAUGUUCCAGUUUUUGACCACUUUGCUUAUAAUGCCACCUUAUCUGAAGCCUCUUUGAUUGGGACUCCUGUCUUGCAGGUCAUAGCUACUGAUGCAGAUUCUGACAAUAACAAAAUCAUUCAGUACCAGAUAGUCCAAGACACUUUCAAUAGCACAGAUUAUUUUCAUAUUGACGGUACAAGCGGCCUGAUCCUAACAGCCCGCUUGCUGGACCAUGAACUGAUGCAACAAUGCAGCUUAAAAGUAAGGGCCACUGAUAAUGGAUUCCCACCUCUAAGCAAUGAAGUUCUAAUUAACAUCUACGUGACAGAUAUGAAUGACAACCCUCCCGUUUUUAAUCAGUUGAUUUAUGAAUCAUACGUCAGUGAAUUAGCUCCUCGGGGUCAUUUUGUGACAUGUGUCCAGGCUUCUGAUGCAGACAGCUCCGAUUUUGAUCGAUUGGAGUAUAGUAUCUUGUCUGGAAAUGACCGUACCAGUUUUGUAAUGGAUACCAAGAGUGGCAUCAUCACGCUAUCAAAUCAUCGGAAGCAGAGGAUGGAGUCAAUGUACAGCUUGAACGUUUCUGUUUCUGAUGGCUUGUUUACCAGCACGGCUCAAGUCCAUAUCCAGAUUCUUGGAGCUAAUUUGUAUAGUCCUGUGUUCACUCAAAGCAUUUACGUGGCAGAAGUCAGAGAAAAUGCUGUCCCAGGAACCAGAGUAAUCCAUGUAAAAGCAACAGAUGGAGAUUCGGGCAUAUAUGGGCAGCUGAGUUACUCAAUUAUCAAUGAUUUUGCCAAAGAUAGAUUUGUAAUUGAUAGCAAAGGGCAGAUCAUCACCACUGAGAAACUCAAUAGGGAACUCCCUUUAGAAGGUGAUAUCACUAUAUUUUUAAGAGCUCUUGAUGGUGGAGGGAGGAGCACAUUCUGCACGAUCCGAGUCAUAGUGGUGGAUGAAAACGACAAUGCCCCACAGUUUAUGACUGUGGAAUAUAGAGCAAGUGUCAAAGCAGAUGUUGGGAAAGGUCAUUUGGUCACCCAGGUCCAAGCAUUUGAUCCUGAUGAUGGCGCCAAUGCCAGGAUUGCCUAUUCCCUGUAUAGCGAAGCCUCUGUUUCUGUUGCGGAUCUCCUGGAAAUUGACCCAGACAAUGGAUGGAUGGUAACCAAGGGGAAUUUCAAUCAGUUGAAAAAUACGGUGCUAUCCUUUUUUGUCAAAGCCGUUGAUGGUGGCAUUCCUGUGAGGCAUUCCCUUAUCCCUGUAUAUAUACAUGUUUUACCUCCAGAAACCAUCUUGCCUUCGUUUUCUCAACCCCAGUAUUCCUUUGCAGUGUCAGAAGAUGCCCUAAUAGGGAGUACAAUUGAUGCUCUGCAUGUUUUACCUAAUCAAGGAGUCAUCUAUAGCACAGUUAACGGUGAAUUGACAGGAAACAACAAGGAUGGAGUUUUUAUUAUCGAGCAAGACACUGGCAUUAUAAAACUGGACAAGAGGCUUGACCAUGAGACAAAUCCAGCCUUUCAUUUUAAAGUGGCUGCAACCCUACACCUUGACAAGGUGGAUAUUGUGUUAACAGUGGAUGUGGACAUUAAAGUUAUAGACAUUAAUGACAACAAGCCUAUUUUUGAGGCCACCAAGUAUGAAGCUAUCAUCAUGGAGGGAAUGCCCAUGGGAACUAAACUUGUACAAGUCAAAGCAACUGAUGCAGAUUCUGGGGCCAACGGUCAAGUCACCUAUUCUCUCUUAACAGAACUGGAUGUUGACAGGAUCUCUGAGGUGUUCACUAUUGACAGUAACAGUGGCUGGAUCAGCACCUUGAAGGAUUUAGACCAUGAGAAGGAUCCCACUUUUGCCUUCACUGUGGUUUCCUCUGACCUGGGAGAAGCCAUGUCCCUCUCAUCAACCACCUUAAUCUCUGUCACUGUCACAGACAUCAAUGAUAAUGCUCCCAUAUUCCAGCAUGAGAUGUACAGGGGGUCUGUGAAAGAAAGCGACCCACCGGGAGAAGUUGUGGCUGUCCUUAGCACUUGGGAUGAAGAUACCUCUGACAUUAACCGCCAGAUUAGCUACCAUAUUACAGGAGGAAACCCCAAAGGGAAGUUUGCUCUUGGCCUGGUUCAGAAUGAAUGGAAGGUGUAUGUCAAGAAACCUCUAGAUCGAGAAGAACAGGAUGUCUACCUGCUGAACAUUACAGCCACUGAUGGGCUGUUUGUAACACAGAGUGCAGUGGAAGUGAUUGUCACAGAUGUUAAUGACAACAGCCCUGUCUGUGAUCAGGUUACAUAUAUGGCAAUAUUUCCUGAGGACAUUCCUCCAAACAAAAUCAUCCUUAAAAUGGGUGCACAAGACGUAGACAUUGGAUCCAAUGGUGAAAUUCGCUAUUCUUUAUAUGGCUCCGGAAACAGCAAGUUUCUUUUGGACUCCGAAAGUGGGGAGCUCAAAACCUUAGCUCCAUUAGACCGUGAAAAAAUCCCUGCCUACAAUCUGAUUGCCAGGGCAACUGACGGGGGAGGGAGGUUCUGUCAAUCAGAAAUCCAUCUGAUAUUGGAAGAUGUUAAUGAUAAUCCUCCGGUGUUUUCCUCCAACCAUUACACUGCCUGUGUCUAUGAGAACACUGCCACCAAAGCUUUGCUGACAAGAGUUCAAGCCAAUGAUCCUGAUGUAGGGGUGAAUAGAAAGAUUGUAUAUUCCCUGGCAGACUAUUCAGAAGGCUUCUUCUCUGUCGACAAGUCCUCAGGCAUCAUCAUUUUGGAACAUCCUCUGGACCGAGAACUUCAGUCUUCCUAUAAUGUCACCAUUAAAGCUUCUGACCAGAGCAUUGUACAGACCCUGUCAUCAUUUGCCACCGUUACAAUUACAGUUCUGGACAUUAAUGACAACCCUCCUGUCUUUGAGAGAAGAGAUUAUCUGGUUGCAGUGCCUGAGGACACCUCACCAAAUGCUGAGAUUCUUUUUGUUUUUGCUACCAGCAAAGACAUUGGUACAAAUGCAGAGAUCACCUACCUCAUCAGGUCUGGUAAUGAAAAAGGAAAAUUCCGGAUCGAUUCUAAAACAGAUCCUGAAAUCUAG